AGUCCAGGCAGGGGUGGGUCUUAAAAGGAAUUGAAACUAAAUUGUGAGAAGUCAGAAGUUUUGAGUCUUUCUCUAGCCUUAGCAGUGAUACUCCUUUCUGACAAGGCAAGGUACUCCUGAAGCAAUGUCUGGAAUUCGAGGCUGGAGGGAUGGCAUCAGGUACAGGAUGGCUGCUACCUCCAGUACCCCAGGAUCCUUUCAGGAUUACCUCUGGGAUAGCAACAACAAAAGAGAGGAGGCUGAAAACCCCCAGAAACCAACAACAUCUAAAAAGGAGCAAAGUGGCCAAGCAUCAGGCUACCAACAACAGCAAGAGCAGUAUGUCGGCCCUUAUGUCUUGAUAACUCCAAAUGAAACCAGAAGAAACCAGCUGCAGCAAAUUGCUAAGAAAGAGCUGGAUGACCUGCAGUGGUGGAAGGAAACGCACAGGCAAAGGCCGAUUAACUUGGUUCCACAGAGACUGGGUGGAAAGCAAUCAGAAGCUCAAGUAAGGCAAAACCAGCAAAUGAUGCUCAUGCAAUCCAAAUACCAGCAAAAGCACAAGAGAAGAGAAUAUAUAAAAGCAAAAAAGGAAGCUGAAGAAACUGAAAUCCUGAAAAAGAAAGCAUUGCAGAGAGAAAAGGCAGAGAGACUUGAAGUUAAGAAGAGGCAGCAAGAAAUGCAAAGAAGAGAGAUGUUCCUUGAAGAUCAAUAUUACAAAACCAAUGAAUUAUUGAACAGAUUGGACGUGGGUUUGCCAAAGAGUGAUUCCUGUCAGAUUGCUAAUCAUGGUGCAGAAUCUACAGCAUGGAUGAGAAGCCGUAUGUAUAAGCAAGCUCUUCGAGAGGAUGAAACCAGAAGAUUAGAGGAAAUGAAGCAAGAACAACGGAGGAAGGCUGAAUUAAUGGAAAUUAAACAAAAGCAGGAAGAGGAAGACAGGAUGAGAGCACGUCAAGAUGAACAAAGGAGGGUAAAUAUUGCUUUCCUGGACCAACUCCAGAACAAAACACAACUUACUAACAUCCACCAGCCUGAACAUUCUGGGAGCCUGGACUAAUGCAGUAAUAGUGACUGGGAGCCCAAACUACUUGGAAUAAAGGAGGAGAAAGGAUACAAAAAGCUUGUUGGAAAGCUCAUCUCAUGUCUUAAUUUGUAAUUGUUUUGUUGAUCUACACAACUGAAUUACUUCCUUCUUCUUCAUGUAGAGUGUGGGAAACAGAUGUUGUGCUGUUGUAGGACAUCCUGAAGGUCAGCAAUUGCUAGCACAACAAAGCAGAGACUAAGGCAUCCUAUCGUAGAAACUGGACUACUCCUCCUUAUUCACGUACCUGAUCCAACCCCAUUUAAAAAAUCAAAAGGAUUUAAACUAAUCUGGACCUUUUACUGGAGGUUAAGGCAAUGGUAAUCUUCAUAGCAGCUUUUUAAUGUGAGACAGGAUAAACUGAAAAGGCAGGUGAAAUCCAAAUAUCGCAGUAGUACAAAUGGACCUCAGGUUUGUAGUUUUCAUGCGAAGAGGAGAAAUGAACACAAUUUGGUCCUGCAGGAACAGGUUAUUUUCUAUUCCAAGGAGUGUGUUUACUGAGGGAAGAAUUCAGUUUUCUGAACUGUCUGGAAAGCAGAUUUGUGGAGCCGUCUGGCAGGGAAACUUUGACACCUAAGAUGAAUCAGCCUCUGAGGAUCUCUCUUUUUGCUGUCUAUGAAAAGAACACAAAUGAUCGCCACAGACUAUGUUCCUAAUUUUGGGGUGAUGUGAAUCCCAGCUAUAACAGCCUAACCACCGAGAAAAGUGAUCUACUUGCAGCAUACUCCCAUAGUUUCAACUCUAUAUGUAGUCCUAGGACCUUCUUAGAAAAUUGCUUUCACAAAUAAACACAAAGAUUUUCUACAAGGUUGCAGUACUCCACUCUUCAAUCUGUCAGUUAUCAAAAAUCAGCCCUUUAAGCAAAUAUAGGGACCACAGAUUAAAGUGGAAGGCUUGGUACUCACUGAUAUCUAUUAGCUGAAAUUAUAUGAUGGUAUUUGUGGCACUCUAAAUUUAAGGGUUGUUAAAGGGUCAACUGAGAUUAGAAGCCCAUUGUGUGAGCACAUAGUGCUGUGUGUUGCUGCUCACUGAAUGUACCUGACACAAAAAGGCUUUGUGUAAACAGACAAGACAGGGGGAAGGUGAAAGAGGAAUAUAAUAUGUGAACAGAGCGAUGGCUGGCAAACAACAAAUGAAUUCUCAGACAUAUUUUUUAAUUAUUUAAUUCCUUGGGAGUUCGUUAGAGAGGAUUAACUAAACAAAGGAAAUAAAAGAAGGUGAAGAGGCACCUGGGGUAUAAGAAACAUGUUUAUUGUGGGACAGAAGAGAGCAGAGGAGCCUGUAUCUGAAGUGAAAGGACUUUGGAGGCAGCAUGUGAGCGACCAGCCUUUUGGCUGGUUUUGUGGUCCAAGAAGGUGGCAUCUCCCUAGAACUGCUUUCCAUCAAGUCCGCGUUGCUUAAGGGAUAGAAAGAAAUUACUCUGAGCACAAUAUACAUUGAGAGAAAUGGCUUAGUGAGUCCCGAUUG